AUGUUUAGCAUAUUAAACAAUCUUUUAAAUAUUUUUAAGAUUAUAAACAGUAAUUUUAACAAUGAAGAAGAUGAAAUUAUUAAUUUUUUAAAGAUAAAAGUUAAAACUGUCUAUAUCUGUUUACCAAUUAGUUUAGAUCAAGAGGAAAAGGAGUUUUAUAAACAAGUAGAAGAAGCUUUAAAUGUUUAUAUGAAGUGGGAAGGCGAAACUAUAGAUACUUCAUUAUAUAUUGAAUAUAUUAACAAGAGAUAUAACAUACAAUUGGAAAUGUUUGAAGAUUUUAAAAAAAUUUUAAGAUGUUUAUCUACAUUUGAAGAUAAAAAGAAUGAUCUUAAAAUGAUUAUUGAAAAAUAUGAAAAUGUUGAUAACAAUGAAGAAUUUGAAAAAGAUCCAUUCAGAGAAUCAUUUAGAAUUUUUUAUAAGAAAUUACAAGAUAAAACCAUUGACUAUUUGAGACUGAUAAUUAGGGAGCUAUUUAAACAACAAAAUAAUGAUCGUGAUGUAAUAAUGUAUCUUGAGGCAUUGAAUGAUCUUUAUGUUAAAACCGUUUUUCCUUAUAGUCCUAUAAAAAAGAUUCUAACAAUAUUUAGAAACAAUAAAUUUGCUAAAAUGUUCUAUGAAUCAUAUGAUCACAUAAUGCCAUUAGUUGAUCUUAUUAGAAAUAAUGCAAAGGGAGAAAUUAUUACAAGUGAUAUGUUAAAAUUAACAAUUCAUGCUAAAAUUAGAGAUUACGAAUCUUCUGCCGGUGAAAAGCUUUAUAAUAUUUGUGGAAACACACAUAUUUUUGAUAAAGAAACUCAUAUUGUUGAUAAAGAAACUCACAUUUCUAAGAUAAUUGAUUUAUUUGUUAGUAAAGUUAUGUAUUUAUUUGAAGUGUAUAAUUCAUUAAACUUAGAUGAUGAAGAUAUUACAAUUCCUAAUGAUGCUCAAAAAAUUUACAAGAAUAAUGAAAUUCUUGAUUUAGUUAUGACGUGUAAAACUGAAUUGAAUCAGAUUAAAUUUGCGAAUGAUAAUGAUUGUAAAAUGAUAACUGAUUUUGUUAAUUUUAUCAUUGAUUUUAUUGAGUUUGUUAAUACUUCUGAUUGUUGUUGUGUUUUAUUUAACACUCUUUCUAAAAAAAUUUACGAGGAUAACAAAAAAACAAAAAAAGUUGUUUCUUCUUUUUAA